AUGGGGUGCGGGAGCAGCGUGGAGACGAGAUCUCGGUCUCAGGUGAAACCCGUGGACUUCGUUGACCUGCGUGGGCCGGUGGUAUCUCCUGCAUGGCCAAGCAGCAUGGGAAAGAUGAAUGACACUGAGCGGUUGCACGUCGAGGAAGAUGCCUCGCACACCUCCGGCUGCAAGGGUCGGAUAGACAAGGCGCCCGAAAUCCGCGAGGAGUCGACGGAGCAGAGGGCGGAAGCCGACGAGGUCAGGGGGAUCGACGAGUUGAAG